UUUGUGGGUAGUUAUUAAGUGAUAAAAUGAGAAAAUCAUGUUCCGAUCUAUCUCCUGAAUAUUUUCUAAAUUUAAUAUUUUUUAUAAUUAUUAUAAAAAAUAUAAUUCUGAUUUCUAAUUUGUUGGUCUGAGGUAGAGAAUAUUUUAUUUUCGUAGGCUGUUCACCUAGUUAUUAUUCCUUCCUAUUUUAUUAUUCCGACUAAUUGAUUGGUUUUUGGUAUUAAUUUAUAAUUUAUUUAUUUUUAUAAUUUUAAAGUUAAAACUUUUUAAUUUUUAAUUAAUGACACAGUUUUUGAAUUCCCCAUCUGUUCUUGCUUGACGUUUUGGUAUUUGACUGUUUGUUGCGGAUUAUGUAAUUCUGGGUUGAUGAAUUUUGAAGCACAAAAGCAAAUAACUCGUAUUUAGCGUUAAUUGUUCCACUUAUAGAGAGGGUUUUCCGUACUCGGAGAUUUGAAUUUGUGAUCUGAGCUUUUGAUAUGUCAAUCAAAAAGUUAAGUUGAUAGUUAAUGUCGACAGAUUUAUUAUUUAUUUUUAUUAACUAAAAUUAAAAUAUUAAGAAACGCGGAAAUGGGGAUUCUUUAUAUGAUUAUGACCCAAUUAGAAUUUGGUCUACUUUCUUUCUUUUCAAAUUAGGUAUUAAUUAAUCUUUUUAUGAUAAGUUAAUUAAUUAUAAAAAAUGAGUAAAGUUUUGUUGCUACGUCUACCUUUUACCUACAAAGUAGCUAAUUUAAGUCCUUAUCUUAUUUGUUGGUUCUGAUCUGUAUUCUCUACUUCUAUUAUAAAAGCCAAAUACUUUACUAUUUUUAUGAUCUGUACAAUUAUAGAAUUUCAGUUUUUGUUAAAUACUUAAAAUUAAAAUGUAAAUUUUUGCCUAUUUUCUCUUCUUGGGUUUAUAAAUUUUGAUUCAUUUAUUUGAUAGGUUGAGUUUUUAAUCCAAUUUCAGCUGUUGAUGCAUUGUACAUUUAGUUCUGAAACAAGUUUUAAGACUCAUGGCGCUACUGAAAUUUUGGUAUAGAAAGCUGCAAGAAAAAGAUGGUUACUUUGUCAUCUUUGGAGAAAAUUUCGGCCGUUGGUAAGCUUUCUGAUUGCUUGGUAAUGUCACAAUCUUCUGUAGCUAGAGACCAGAAGAUUGAUGUUGUUGGAGAAGAUGGAAACAAUAGUAUUAGUGUGCAUAGAGGUCUUUCGAGAUCUGUGAAUCAGAAUAAACCAAUACGCGCUGAAAUGUACCUUGAUUCCCCUUAUACGAAUGGGGACCGGAAUCUUGUUGGUGUUGUUGGGGCUCAAAAUGAAAGCAGUCUUUUCUCGAGUUCGCUCUCCGACUUGUUCAAUCAAAAGCUUAGAAUGUCAUCCAAUAAAUUUCAGUCCCGACAAUCGUCUGUUGUUCCCCAAAUAGAUGAGGUGGAACCCUUUAACACCCAUGAAGAAACUGAAGGGCAGAUUACCAAUAAUUUUCUUCCUGAUGAAGAAGAGCUGUUUUCGGGGAUUGCUGAUGAAAUGGGACAAAUGAAUAAUGCUAACGCUGUCGAUGAUUUAGACGACUUUGAUGUGUUUACGUAUAGUGGUGGCAUAGAGUUAGAUGCCGAAGAACAUUUACAAGCUGGCCGGAGAAAUGUGGGAUAUCAUUGGGGAGUUCAUCAGAAUCAGCCGCGCCCCCUUCAUGUGAUGGAUCAUGGAUCCCGGAUCCAUUCUAAUACAAGAUUGUCCAAUGGUGCUGUGAUGAGUGAUGCAUCACUUCAUGAAAAUUCUCGUGUUUUCAAUGGUUUUCCUUCUCCGGUUAGAGUGGCGUCUGUUGGCAAUGAAUAUGUUCAUACUGAAGGCAGCCAAUCUUUUCCUCAAAUUCAGCUCGAUAAUAGAGGCAUUCCUAAUUUUCGUUCUCAUUCUCCGCAAGUUCCAAUACAUAGUGUUAAUGUGAUUCCUAAUAACUCGUUGGACGGUGUAACCGGCUUUGCUGAUGAGUUUCGCCCUAGGGUUUCUGAAAAUUUGAACUUGGAAGCUCAUCAUUUGGGCUUAAAUGGACAUGCUAGGGAAGCCAAUGACGGAGUUUUUGGCUAUUCUCCCAAUGGGCUUCAUGUACAUCAAUCUAUGGCAAGCAAGUCCAACUCAUAUCAACAAAAUCAUCUAAGAUCUUUGCUUAUGCCAAAUUCUCCAUCAUUAUUGAAUAAUAACCAUGGCCGUCACCUUGGAAUGCUUCCUGGGUCUCCCGGAGCUCCACAUCUUAUGAUGAAUAUGGUUUCACCUGUACACCACCUUCAGGUAGGCUCAGCUCCUGUAGCUCCAGUAGUGAAGGCCCAACUCUGGGACAGACAACAAAUCUAUGGAGGAGAACCCCAUGAAGCUUCCGGCUAUCAAAUCGGUGCCAUGAGGAAUGUGGGUAUUCCUGGAUUUUCUGCGUCUCCUGCCCGAGAAAUAUCGUCUCCGAUCAGCUUCACUCAUGUUCAUAAUGCUGAGAUGUCUAAAAAUGCUGGGAUACAAUCACCUCAACAAAUGAAUCACUUGUUUCAUGAGAGAAAUUCGAUGAAUUCACUUCCGACAUCUUUUGGCUCUCCCAGUGAACGCGUUAGAAGAAGCCGAAAUGAAACUAAUUUGACUCAUGCUGACAGGAAACAUUACGAGCUUAAUAUUGAUCGUAUUUUGCGCGGCGACGACAACCGAACAACGCUAAUGAUAAAGAAUAUCCCUAACAAGUAUACCUCCAAAAUGCUAUUGGCUACCAUUGACGAGCAACACCGAGGAAAAUACGAUUUUAUAUACUUACCAAUAGAUUUCAAGAAUAAAUGUAAUAUGGGCUAUGCAUUCAUCAACAUGAUUGAUCCUCUCCAAAUUGUUGCAUUCCGUCAGACAUUUGAAGGUAGAAAGUGGGAGAAGUUCAACAGUGAAAAGGUUGCAUCUCUUGCUUAUGCUCGUAUUCAAGGGAAAGCCGCUCUUAUUGCACAUUUUCAAAAUUCAAGCCUAAUGAAUGAGGAUAAACGGUGCCGUCCCAUUUUGUUUCACACAGAUGGUCCAAAUGCUGGUGAUCAGGAACCAUUUCCGAUGGGCACCAGUAUCCGGGCAAAACCGGGUAGGCAACAAGCGACAAGCAGUGAAGAGGAAGAAUAAGUAGUAAGAGCCGAUUAUAGAGCCUGGCGUUUGUAGGAAAAUGCUGUAAAUUUUUUAUUUUCAUGUGGCUCAACAUAUUAAAACUACCCUUUUUGAAAGCACUGGUGAAGAAGACCUUGCUAUUAUCUUAGUAUAGUAGUACUAGUACUAGCCAUUAAUGGCCAUUGUUAAGCUCCAUUUUCCUAUAGUGUUCUUGGGGAAGCACUUUUUUUUUUUUUAAUUUUUUUUUAAUUUUUUUUAAUUUUUUCUGAAGUUUUGGUAAUCAGAAAUUUUGACUUAAUGGGUCAGUGUAACUUUAGCCAUUUUUGAAAUGAUGUAAAUUUUUCAUGGGGCUUUAGAGACUGGCUA